AUGGCGUCUACGGAAGAAAUGGUUCUGUACUACGAGUCAGGCAGCACGCCCUGCAUGUCGAUCAUGCUAGCCCUGGAAGAAAAGGGAGUCAGCUACACCAAGAAGGAGGUGAACACGGAGAAAGACGAAGACAUUGCGAUGCUUGAGGAGGUGGCCGACAGAGAUGAGGCCCCCUUUCACAAGACGGCAAUGGCGCUGCGCUUUUACUGCGACCUAAAUAUGAUAUGUGUAACCUUCGAUUUCACACUUGGUAUGUCAUACAAGACGAUCUGCUCGGAGAGUAACCCAUACCUAACUUGUUCUACUUUGCAGCCUCCGGCCCUCCUACACGGUGAUAAUGUGCUGUUUGACGAGGUCGUUCCAGCCUGUCUAUACUUGGAAAAAGUCUUCGGCAACAACCGCCUGAUUCCCGAAGGCGCGGCCCAGCGAGCUCACGUCAUAAAGCGCAUGCUCCAGGCACAGAAGAUCGGGGUGGGGGACACCUGUAUCGACGAGUACUGGGAGGACGACGACGAGGAGGAGGGUGAUGACGACAUGGAUGAGGAAAAGGCUGACGCACUUGACGAAAAGGAAGAUAAGGAAGAACUGGCCGAAGAGCUCGAACACUGGGAGUUCUAUUUGAAACAGGGUACUUACAUCGCGGGGUCAGAGUUCACCAUGGCGGAUUGUGUGUUCAUCCCAGUCCUGACCUACCUCGUGACGAAUGGACUAGACCUGACCAAGAAGUACCCGCUGUUGCACAAGUACUACACUCUGGUGAGCGACGCUUCAUUUCUAGUCAUUUCUAAGACAUUCAGUCAUAAGUUUGCCACUUCCACGAAAGCAAAGCAUCCAAUUUGCUUCCAUAAUCUACCUCUUAGGAGGAAGUUCCACGCUGAGAGCUUCUUUCCUUGAACUACAUCGUUAUGG